UUGGUCCCAUUCCCCGCUAAUUAAUAUGCAGGAGGGCGCGAUGACGUGACGCGCACGUCCGGGUUUUUGGCGCGACUUUCGGGUCAGGUGGGCGGUUUGGCGCGAAAAGUUUCGUCCACUUCUUCCUGAGGAGAGAGAGAGAGAGAGAGAAAAACCGACAAUGGCGGAUUCUUCCGAGUCAUUCACAAUGGCUACCAGCCCCAACCGAACUCCUCGGCGUGGUGACGCCUUAACUUCUAGCCCGGGAAGAGAUCUCCCCCCAUUUGAAGAUGAAUCGGAAGGAUUGCUGGGAACUGAUGUGCUGGCGGAGGAGGAAGAGGAUGGAGAGGAUCUGAUGGGAGAUGAUCUGGAACGCGACUACCUUGCCAUUCCGGAACUGGAUGUCUACGAGCGGGAAGGCCUAGAUGAUGAUGAGGACCUGGAGGAGAUGACUGCUAGCCAACGAGCAGAAGCUGAAAGAGAAAUGCGAAGGAGAGACCAUGCAGAGGGUUUGCGCCAGGGCCGAAUGAGGAUAGAUCUGCUGUACGAAAGUGAUGAUGAGGAUGAAGAGCGGCCAGCAAGAAAGCGCCGGCUGGCAGAGCGAGCAGCAGAUGGGGCAGUCGAUGAUGAUGAGGAGAUGAUUGAGAGUAUUGAGAACCUGGAGGACAUGAAGGGUCACUCAGUCAGGGAGUGGGUCUCCAUGACAGCCCCCAGACUGGAAAUCUACCACCGUUUCAAGAAUUUCCUGAGGACUCAUGUCGAUGAGCAUGGGCACAAUGUUUUCAAGGAAAAGAUUAGUGACAUGUGCAAAGAAAACAGAGAGAGCCUUGUGGUUAAUUAUGAGGACUUGGCUGCAAGGGAGCACGUGUUGGCUUACUUUUUGCCUGAGGCUCCGGCAGAAAUGUUGAAGAUAUUUGACGAAGCGGCCAAAGAGGUGGUCCUCUCCAUGUACCCGAAGUAUGACCGGAUUGCCAAGGAGAUUCACGUCAGGAUUUCCAGCCUGCCUCUGGUCGAGGAACUCCGAUCACUCAGGCAACUUCACUUGAAUCAGCUGAUCCGGACAAGUGGAGUGGUCACCAGUUCUACAGGGGUCCUGCCGCAGCUCAGCAUGGUCAAGUACAAUUGUAACAAGUGUAACUUCAUCUUGGGACCAUUCUUCCAGUCCCAGAACCAGGAAGUGAAGCCAGGUUCUUGUCCUGAGUGUCAGUCUUCGGGGCCAUUUGAAAUCAACAUGGAGGAGACUGUGUAUCAGAAUUACCAAAGGAUCACCAUUCAGGAAAGUCCAGGCAAGGUUGCAGCCGGGAGGCUACCACGCUCAAAGGAUGCGAUUCUUCUUGCAGACCUGGUGGACACCUGCAAACCGGGUGACGAAAUUGAGCUCACCGGCAUAUAUCAUAAUAACUAUGAUGGUUCCCUCAAUACUGCUAAUGGGUUCCCAGUCUUUGCUACAGUGAUCAUGGCAAAUCACAUCACAAAGAAGGACAAUAAAGUGGCUGUUGGUGAACUUACAGAUGAAGACAUCAAGGCCAUAGUGGGUCUUUCAAAAGAUGAACGCAUUGGAGAGAGGAUCUUUGCUAGCAUUGCACCUUCUAUAUAUGGUCAUGAGGACAUAAAAAGGGGCCUUGCGCUGGCACUGUUUGGAGGUGAAGCCAAAAACCCAGGUGGGAAGCACAAGGUCCGUGGGGACAUCAACGUCCUGCUAUGUGGUGACCCAGGCACGGCCAAAUCACAGUUCCUGAAGUAUGCUGAGAAGGUCUCCAGUCGAGCGGUCUUUACCACUGGUCAAGGUGCUUCUGCUGUUGGUCUAACUGCUUACGUGCAGAGGAACCCAGUGAGCAGGGAAUGGACUUUGGAGGCUGGUGCUUUGGUGUUAGCAGAUAGAGGAGUCUGUCUCAUAGAUGAGUUUGACAAGAUGAAUGAACAGGACAGGACCAGUAUUCACGAGGCGAUGGAGCAGCAGAGCAUCUCCAUCUCAAAGGCUGGUAUCGUGACUUCUCUUCAGGCCAGAUGCACAAUAAUUGCUGCUGCCAAUCCCAUAGGUGGUCGGUAUGACCCUUCUUUGACCUUUGCGGAGAACGUGGAUCUGUCGGAGCCUAUUGUGUCCAGAUUUGACGUCCUUUGUGUUGUUAGAGACACUAUUGACCCUGUUCAGGAUGAAUUGCUGGCUCGUUUUGUCGUGGCCAGUCACAUCAAACACCACCCAAGCAACAAAGAUUGUAUGAAUGGAGAAACGGGAGAAGCUUAUUUGCCAAACACGUACGGGGUGGAUCCCCUCCCACAGGAGCUGCUGAAGAAAUACAUCAUCUAUGGCAAAGAGAAAGUCCAUCCCAAGCUGAAUCAGAUGGACCAGGACAAAGUGGCCAAGAUGUACAGUGAUCUCCGAAAGGAGUCAAUGGCCACAGGCAGUAUUCCCAUCACAGUGCGACACAUCGAAUCCAUGAUUCGCAUGGCCGAGGCACAUGCUCGCAUCCACCUGAGAGACUAUGUGAUGGAGGAUGAUGUCAACAUGGCCAUUCGGGUCAUGCUGGAGAGCUUUAUUGACACGCAGAAGUUUAGCGUCAUGAGAAGUAUGAGGAAGACAUUUUCAAGGUACUUGACAUUCAAGCGAGACAAUAAUGAGCUCCUGCUCUUCGUUCUGAAGCAGCUAGUGGCGGAACAGGCCACUUACCAACGCAAUAGAUAUGGGGCACAACAGGACACCAUUGAAAUACCAGAAAAAGAUUUGGUGGAAAAGGCUCGUCAGAUCAAUAUUCACAACAUGACCUCAUUCUAUGAAAGUGACCUCUUCAAAAUUAACAAGUUCGCUCACGAUGUGCGAAGGAAGUUGAUCGUACAGCAGUUCUAAUUUUUAAACAAGGAGAGAAGAGUAAAGCUCUGUGGAGGUUGGCAUAAUGCAAAAGCUGAAAGCGUGCCCCUGGCAUAGCUGAGCAUUUUUGAGUGAUAACGAUGAAGUGCGUACUUUCUGCAGGAUGGGUUAAGAAAAGGGCUAUUUGACACAUCAAAAGCUCAUUCCUUGAAGUACCUUGAACACUCAUUCAGUUGCAUUUUGAAUGCCCCCUUUGGAUUUUGUUUCCCCAUCUUGCCUGCCAACUUUACCAACUAAUGUCUAUAUUUUCAACAGAUUUUUUUUUGAAAAAAGAACUUGCGCAAAGACUUCACUUUUUACAAAAAAAGCUACUACUUCAUUGAAACUGAAAGCCUGUCACUUUUUUUAAACUGAAGCUAUCCUAUUUGCAUAAUUACUCCUCCCCCCCAGUUGUGCUUGUUUCUCUGUGUAUCAGUAAAACUAGGUGUACAUUCUCUAAGUUGUGUUGUAGUAACUAUUAAUAAAGAUGUUUUUCCAA